GACGGCAGAUCUGGGUAACUGCUCACCCUCUGACAUCAGAAACCUCCGAUGCAGCACCCGAGAACGCAGCUGCAAAAUCCCUGAUCAAGAACAUGAAGCUCCUUCCCGUCUUCACAGCUGCAUCCUGCUUCACGCCCCCAGGUCCCCCUUUUUUUGUACUACGAGUGAUGAAGAUUUUUUUCCGGAUCACAUGAGCCAGGAUGAAGGGGGAAAAUCCUGCCAGGAAAAGAGAUGGGCUGCAACUUGAACCUGAUCAAGGGGAGAUACAGAGCAGUACCCUGAGGGCUAUAUAAGAAUGUGCUCGGCACAAGAGCAAACACUUUUUCAGGCGAAGGACUUGCAUGAGUCAGCCAUGCAUGUGAAGGAAGACUCCGUUUCAAGGAGGCUUGGAGCCACUAACAGAACAUGUUUGUAUUUCAUCAUCGCUACCCUUGCUGCGUUACUCAUCUUUGCAUUAGCCACCAUCAUGGUCUUAGUCGUUCAGAGGAUGGUAGUGGAUCCUGCCACAGAGGGCAUUGCAAAACCAUUCAAGACAGGGAACACCUCCGAAGACUAUUUAAGAAUCCUACAGAACGUCCCGACCAAGGGAGCGGCUGCGUACAUGAGAGUGUUCAAGCAAGUAAACAGUUCAAAACUGAGCUUGGUUGAGAAGGGCAUUUGUGAAGACAUCCAGUGCAAGAGAGAAGAGCUGGUGAUAAAGAAACAAGGCCUCUACUUGAUCUAUUGCCACUUGAACUUCUAUUUCCCCAGCUGGUCAAACAGUCCCACCGACCUCAAGAUAGAGCUCCUUGUGAAUGACCAAGUCAACAGGCAAACGUUAUCCACAUGGUGCGCCUCCGAAACGUGCCACAAAAAGACUUUUAAGACCUUGUUCCAGCUCCAUUUGACACCCCUGAAUGUGAAGGACCGAGUAUCAGUAACACUCAAUCAUCCUAAAUUCUUAAAUGAAAUUUUUCUUCCCAAUGAAAACGUUCUUGGGGUCUUGAGGUACAGUGAUGACAUGUGAGCAGCUCUCUGACUUCCUACUGCUGCCCAGAUUGAUCUUUCCCUGAACGAGAGUAGUCUGUUUUUAUUAGGCAACACCUUUAGGAACUUUGUGAGUAUCCCAGAACAAACCCUAAAACACUGCAAAACCCACACCUGACAGAUUCUUCUGGUGUGAUUUGGGGUUGGAUUGUUGUUGGACUACCCAGCAUAUAACCCACAUACCUGACAAUGGUUCCUCAAAGCAAUCCUGUGUAAACCCAGAUUAAACAUAACCAGAUUAUGGGAAGAAUACACAAUAUUGAGACUUGUUGGGUAAUGGACCAUUGGCAAGGUGCCUGCGCUCAGGAGAUGGGGGAAUCUUUUUAACUGAAUUUUAUGGAGUAGUAUUUUGACAUGGACUUACCAAAAAACUAACAAUCAAAGCUUGUAAUCUGGGUUUUCUUUACAACAACCUUGCAACCGUAACUCUGGAGUAGGUUUAUGGAUAGAAUGUAUGAAAGCAAAGGCAAUGGUAUUAUUGACUUUCAAGCUAAAACUCUGGGACAAAACACAGAAGAUAGGGGAUUUACAGGAUAUUUCUGUGCUGCAUCCUGCUAUGGACUUUGUGCAAUUUAUUUCCAAGUGUCUUCUUUUUCACUAUUUAACCAUCUUUUCUAUUUAAAUAUUAAGCUGUUUGGGGCAGAGACUGUGUAUAUGCACAAUGCUCAGUCUCUGGUCUCACCUGGGGUUGCUAGACCUUUUCAUAACAAAUAUUAGAACAGUAAUCUAGUUGCAGAUCUAGCCACAUAGCUAAGCUCAUCACUGUAUGUUUUCCUUGAAUCCUGUCCUGCCUGUUUGACAGAGCCCUGCAUGACAGCAGGCCACACUGGUGUGGAAAGACACCUCUAAUGCUUUCACCUUCUGAAAAGCCAAGAUUUAGAUCUGAGGUCCAGACUUUCCCAGAAACAAUUUCAGGCUUGGCCCUCAGCCAGGAGCUGUGGAGUUUGCGCAGUCCAGAGGACAGAUAUUAUCUGAGCUUCUUUGGUUUAGUUGAAUCCUUAGAUAAUGAAGGAUUAAAGAGUAA